AUGGUUCUGUUCAAAUGUGGACACUCAGUGGGAAUCUUCCUAAUGAACUUGCGUUACGACAUUAAUGUGAAGUCAGCCAAAUGCACUUUGCGGGAGGUGGAGAAGAAAUGCGUUUGUCAGGCUGAGAUGAUGCAAGAGGAAGACCUUCAUCGCCAUGGCAAAUACGAUGAUGAAGAAGACGAUGACGAAGAAGACGAUGAUGAUGAAGAAGAAGAUGAUGAUGAUGAAGAAGAUGAUAGUGGCAACGACGAAGAUGGGGAUGACGAGGAUGAUGAUAACACUGAUGAUGAUGAAAAUGACGACAACGAUGAUGAUGAGUACGAUGAUGAUUAUGUUUUGACUGAUAACACUGACGAUAACCACGGUAUUGGUGAUCAUAGAAAUGACAACAGUAAUGAUGUUGGUGAUGAUUUGAUUGAUGCUGGAUCUAAGAACAACUUUGCCAGUCUCAACAGUUAUCGUUUUUGUUACCCGUGGAAAGUCAUAUACCUCCAUGACCAAACACCAACCACCGACCUGAACCUUCUCGAGGGUCGCAACUACAAACUGCUCUGCCGAGCCUCUAAGCCAAGAACAACUGAUGGUAAUGAUGAUGGUGGUAGAGGAGAAAAAAUGAAAAAUGAAAGAUCAAGUAGUCAGGCGAACUUGAGCACGAACACGAACAACAAACGAGCAAACGAAACAGUGCAAACACGAGUGAACAACAGCCAUGAGAGAAACAAUGAAAACGUCAACAAAACAAUAACUCAGCCACUUUGGGAAAUGAGAGCCGAGGAGUUUGGGAAAGUAGAAUGGUUGAAAGAUGGUCACAUUGUUGGUCAACAGAAAAAAAACAACAACAACAUGAGCAACGUCAACAACAACAUCAAAAUCAACUACAUCAAAAUGAUCAACAACAACAUCAAAAUGUACAACAGCACAAUUUCUCACACGACCAGCCAUAUAAACACUUCAACCAACAACAACAACCUCAACAAAACUACGAAACACAACAACAACAACUUCAACAGAAAAGAAUUCGUCGAAAACAAUACAUUGAAUUCCACAGGCAGCAACACUAUCAACACCACCAUCUGCAACAAAACCAAAACAAACAGAAACAAAUUUUGCCAAAACUUCAAAGAAAGCAGUCGCAAUUAA